UCUCGACAUCCAUCCAACGGAUAGGCAGCCCCUUGCCAGUCUUCAGAUUCAGCGAAGGGUACCGACACUUCGCAUGCACAUGCUCGACUGCCGCUGGCGCGUUGUCUUGCGCGCUCAUCGUGGGCGUCGACUCGACCGGGGCUGCACGGUCCUCCUCAUCCGCUCACCUCGCCCGCUUCGGCUGAUUCAAGGGCGGGCGAGCUGCUGACAGCGCAUCCGGCUCUCCCAUUGCUGGGUGCUGGUAAUACGCUGCACUAGUCUGUCGCGGCAGCAAAAUUUGAUUUUGUCAACGCCAGGAACAUCCAGCACAAAGCCUCGCCUGCCGCCUGCAAAGUAGGCAACGCGAGGCCACGCUGCUUACUCGACUUGGUUAGCGUCAAGCCAAUCCGUAGGCACCAUUGCACGGAGAUCCAAGAUGGCGCCGGUCUGCACCUCUUCUGAGAUCAAUCUCUUGGUAUAUCACUACCUCAAAGAGUCUGGAUUCUCUCAUGCGUGCUUCUCGCUGCGACAUGAAGGGCGAUUGGAUGAUGACCCGCUCAGCAAGGAGGCCAUCAUCGAGCCGGGACGAUUGAUACGCGUUCUCCAAAAGGGGUUACUCUAUCUUGCUGUGGAAUCCCACGUCAAUGCUGACGGGUCAGAGAAGCCAUGCUCCGCUCCUUUUCGAUUAGUAGGAGCCCCACACGUAUGCAAUGAUAGACUGAGAUCGCCAUUACAGGAAGAACCAAACGGGUUGGGAUCAAGGCGAGCAACAUCGCUUACCCCGCCUGCCGAGCCAUCAGCAUCAAGGGUUGCGCGCAGAGAUGCAGCAUCGCAGACUGCGCUCGCACCAGAUAGCACUGCACUCUCAAACGAAGAAGCCGCAGUUGCCUCAUCUUCCAGAGCGGUGCUUGCGACCUCCGGGGGGAAGCGCAAAGGCAUUGAGGGCGUCGAUCCGCCUCCACGGCCAGAACGCGAGGAGAAGCGGCUGCGGCGAGACGACAGCACGGCCACUAACGGCAAAGGGAAAGGCAAAGAGGAUGGCGCAGCAGACGAUAGCAUGGAUGCUGACACGUCAACCGAAGUAGCACAAGAUGGGCCGGCGCGGACAGAGAGGUUCAACGGCAUCUCAUCUCGGGACCGCACAUCCACGCCAGAAGUCGCUUCAGGACCUCCAGGGAAAAAGAAAAAGAAGAAGGGCGUAGCAGAUGGGGGCAAAGGCAACGCGAAGAAUGCAUCAAGAUCUGCAUCGACAGUGAUACCAGAAAAGGGAAAGGAUCCGGGUAUGCGCAAGUUUCCCAAGCAAAAAGAAGACGGGAAGCAUUUCACCAGUGGUGAUGUGAAGAUCCUUGCCGGGCAUACAGGCGAAGUCUUUGUCUCCGCAUGGAAUCCAACAGUCCCAGAUCUACUGGCCAGUGGGGCUGGAGACGCGACAGUACGGAUAUGGGACCUGUCAAGCGGCGAGAGCCCACCAAAACCCGAUCCCGCAACUUCGCCUGAUGAGGAUCCUGUCGCGCAGGCCGUCACAACCAAGACUAUCUGCAAACAUCUGCCAGCAACGCACGCCAAGGAUGUGACCACGCUUGAUUGGAACCCGGAUGGGACGCUGCUCGCCUCUGGCUCCUACGAUGGGAUCUUACGGCUAUGGACACCGCAGGGCGACCUGCAUCUCGUCAUGUCCAUGCAUCAAGGGCCCAUCUUUGCUGUUCGCUGGAAUCGAAAAGGGACACAGCUCUUGACAGCGUCGCAAGAUAGCACGGCGAUCGUGUGGGACCUUUCAUCGGGGAAAGUGCGACAGCAGUACGCCUUACAUUCGGACAGUGUGCUCGACGUCGAUUGGCUCAGCUCGCCAAAAGCAAACAGUGGCAAAGAGAAGGUGGGGGACUACAUGCCGUCCGCUGCGCUGGCAAUGCAAGACGGCAUCUUUGCGACUUGCUCUGCGGACAAUUCAAUUAACCUGCUGAAGCUCGGGGAGCCAAAACCGAUUCGGACGUUCAAAGGGCACUCAGACGAAGUUAACGCGAUCGCGUUCGAUUAUUCGCAUACCCUCUUAGCAUCCGCCUCUGAUGAUUUCAGCGCCAAGAUCUGGGCGCUAGAUUCAUCCGUGACGGGAAUGUCAUCGGAGCGCAGCGAGUCGCCGAGCGGGACACGGAAGCGGCAGAGCCCGGAUACGAAUGGGCAGUCGCGAGCUGGUACUGGAGCGGCAGCGAUGGACGUCGACGCAUCCGAGGGAGAGACGAAAGGAUCAGCAUCAAAGGAUUCGGCAGAAGCAGGCGGCUCAUCGCCAGCAGAUUUGCUAGCAAAGGGCACCAAAGUGUCCAAAGGGUUAAGAUUUACCUUGAAAGGCCACACGCGGGAACUUUACGCGCUCGCAUGGGCUCCGUCUGGGCCGUGUACUGCGAACCAGUCUGAGCCGCGGAUGCUGGCGACGUCCGCGUUUGAUCAUACCGCGCGUCUGUGGAAUGCCGAUGAUGGGUCGUGCCUGCGGGUGAUCACCGAGCACAAGGACAGUGUCUACUCGCUCGCAUUCUCGCCCGAUGCCAAGUUGCUGGUUACGGGAGGCAUCGAUGAGAGGAUCUAUAUCUCUUCGAUUUCUACUGGCACUGUGGUAAAGCACUUCAAAGCGAGCGGCGCGGUGAUGGAUGUGCAAUGGCACUCUGAAGCGCCGAGCAUCUCGAGCGUCACGGGCCAUCAGAAGCCCAACGGCCUACCGCCGAGUCCGGUCAAGCAGGAAGAGGGCACUUCCAAGGCCGCCGACAAGAGAGAGGUGAUGGUCAAUGGCAUGUAUGCAGGUCCAUCGUUGUCAGCGCGAUUGUCCAUCGCGCAGCAGAACAAGGUCCUCUGCGUUCUUCGGCUAGAUGACGUCGCUGCCGCUUCCGCUUCCGCCGCUGUCGCCGAAGAAGCAUGAGGAGUGCGCAAUUGUAAAUUUAUUCCCAACUCUAACUUCGGAACAGCACAUAACUGGUC